AUGCAAGCGAAGAUCGGUGCUUUCUUCAAGCCACAACCAACCCCCAAAACCCUAAACCAGACGCAGCUCGUCAGCGAUCAAACCAAUAGUACAGACCCUCCUCAUAUUGACUAUGGAACUGGCAUUCAGCAGAUUGAAGCCCCAAAAGAAUGCUGUAUAGAGGCUUUUCCUUUGGAAGUCAAUUCAGUCUCAACCAAAAUUCUAAACAAGAAGAGAAGGUAUGGUCAACUGCAUUUGGAUUUGGGACAAUCUGAUUUUCUUCUCCACACUUGUUCCGUAUGUGGAUUCAAGUAUGCUCGUGGGGAUGAAGAAGAUGAGAAAGUUCACAAAGAAUUGCACAAGGAGUACACUCAAGGCAUCCAGUUCAAGGGCUGGCACAAUGAGAGGGUUAUUCAUGUGCCUUCAACCAAUGCAGGACGAAUAGUCUUGGUGCUGGAUGGAGACCCACCCGCUCACAAGAAGAAGGUCCAGAAGGUUGUGGAGAUGAUGGAGAUGGAGCUUGGAAUUGGAUGGCUUAUCCACAAGCUUUGCAAGGUAUAUCUAUUUAUUUCCCAUCAUAGGAUUGCUGGUUGUCUAGUAGCAGAACCGAUUAAAAGUGCCUACAGGGUUCUUCCAAACACGGUCAUGUCAAAAGGCCUUGGCGGUACCACUGCAAGGAAAAAUAGCUUAAAUUUUUCAGCACUUCAGUUUGGAGAUAUUAGUUUUCAGAGGGAAGCUGUGAAAGGGGCUCCUUUGGCAAUAGUCCUAAGCCAAUAG